CAAAUAUACCUUUACCUUGAAUUAGGAACUAGUGAGACUUGGACAUUAAAUUAAAGUAUCACCAUAUAUAUUUGUAUAUCUGGUAGAUUCCAGUAAUAUUCUGUGUUUGCAAGUUUGUUUAUAUAUAUUUGAUUUAAUUUAUUAUAUUGAUAUAUAUAGAUAUAUUUUACAUUAUUAUUAUUGUCUGGAUAUACUGUAGGCUAUUAGAGUGACUAAUUAUUCUAAGUUGGAACAAAAGGCAUCAAGUGAUUAAAUAGCAUGAACACCCUGCCCAAAUAAGACAGAAAUGAACAAAACUCUUCUUAAUCUCUGAAAUAAAAUGUAUUUAUCUUUUAAGAUGUUUAGUUCUAGAAUACAUGUUUAACAGGUCUGCAUUGUGAAAACAGGGCGAGGAGCAAAAAAUAAUUAUAAAAACAGAUUAGUGGGACAUUAAAGUGAUUAAACAAGUGACAAGCAGAGACUCACGAAGUGAAUAUAAAAAGGGUUUGUGAGAGGCAAAGAGAACCAGAUCCACCAUCUCCAUCCAUUCUGCAAGACACGAGACGGUUUGAAAAGAUGUGGAGGUUGACGUGUGUCAGUUUGGCCCUGCUCUUAUCUGUUCAAGGUUCACUUUCUCAGUUGAAUGUUUGUGGACACGCCCCUCUAAACAACCGUAUCGUGGGUGGUGUGGAUGCCGCUGAAGGGUCGUGGCCGUGGCAGGUCAGUCUGCACAGCUCCACCGGAGGUCAUUUUUGCGGAGGAUCCCUCAUCAACAAUGAAUGGGUGCUGACGGCAGCUCACUGUUUACCUGGUGUCAGUGCAUCCAGUCUCCGUGUGUACUUGGGAAGGAGGACACAGCAGGGAGUCAAUGCCAAUGAAAUCAGUAGAAAUGUCGUCACAAUCAUCAUUCACCCCUCCUACAACAGCGACACAAAUGACAAUGACAUCGCUCUGCUGCGCCUGUCCUCCACCGUUACCUUUAAUGACUAUAUUAGACCCGUGUGUCUGGCGGCACUGAACAGCGGCUUCCCUUCUGGCACCAGCAGCUGGAUCACAGGAUGGGGAGAUGUUCAGUCUGGAGUGAGCCUAGCUGCUCCUGGGACUCUGCAGGAAACUAUGGUUCCAGUGGUGGCUAAUGAUCAGUGUAAUAAUCUGCUGGGUUCUGGAUCUGUUACCAACAACAUGAUCUGUGCUGGUUUAUUGGAGGGAGGCAAAGACACCUGCCAGGGUGACUCUGGAGGUCCAAUGGUGAGCAAGCAAUGUUUGGUGUGGGUUCAGUCUGGUAUCACCAGCUGGGGUUAUGGCUGUGCCGAUCCCAACGCACCUGGUGUGUACACGCGUGUUUCACAGUAUGAGAGUUGGAUCUCCACCACCAUUGUCCAGAAUCUCCCAGGAUUCGUCGUCUUCAACCCCUCAAGUACAUGCCGACCUGUUUCUACGACCGUUUCUACUGCAUCUCCUACUUCUACCACCUCAACCGUGUCUACUGCAUCACCUCCUUCUACUACCUUAAGAGCUUCUACUACUACAACAACAACUACUACCCUAAGACCUCCACCCAAUCAGAUCUCAAAGUCUUGUCUAGGGAGAUGUGGCGAGAGAUUUGACAUCCGUAACCGCUGCCACUGCAAUCCUAACUGUAGAAGAAAAUGCUGCCCGGAUUAUAAAAGGCGAUGCAGGGCAUAAGUGGACUAGAAGAUUUGUAGAUCUUCUAAUUGGCUCACCUGCACUAUACAUUUCGCAUCAAAUAAAUGAUAUUCAAAAUUAUUAUUUUAAACCAGAACAGAAUGAAUUAAAUUUAAAUGAAUUUCUUCAAAAAAAAUUGCAAUGAAUGUAUGUGUGUGUGCAAGGAUACAAAUUAAUAUUAUAUAAAUGGAUUAAAUAAUAUCAUCAUUACUUCAUAUUAUAAGUCUUUUGUAAUUUGUGUUAUAUGAUUAAAUAAAAACUUAGCAUCAUA